CUAUCCAGCAUGCACUCCUAGUCUAGUCUACUAGUCCAAGCCUACACACAGUACACACUGAAGUCUGAAGUUAGCUGCACUUGCCUAGCUCAGUUAAGCUAUCAGCAACCAAUGGCGCCAUCCAAGCACACCUUCGGUACCUGCGGCAUCACGGCCUUGCUCCUCCUCCUCUCUGCCGCUCUCGUCUCGGCUAAGCUCUCCACCGAAUUCUACGACGAGACCUGCCCCGACGCCCUGGACAUCAUCGAGGACGCCGUGAGAGCCGCCGUCUCCAAAGAGUCCCGCAUGGGGGCCUCGCUGCUCCGCCUCCAUUUCCACGACUGCUUUGUCAAUGGCUGUGACGGGUCAGUGCUGCUGGACGGCGCCAACGGCGAGAAGAACGCGGUGCCAAACAAGAACUCCCUCCGUGGGUUCGAGCUGAUCGACAACAUCAAGGCGGAGCUCGAGGACUCCUGCGCCAAGGUCGUCUCCUGCGCCGACAUCCUCGCCGUCGCCGCCCGCGACUCCGUCGUCGCCCUGGGCGGGCCAACGUGGGAGGUGGAGCUAGGCCGAAGGGACGGGACAACCUCAAGCCUAGACGCCGCGAACAACGACCUCCCGGCACCAUCCUCCGACCUCGGCGCCCUCAUCAAGGCAUUCUCCGACAAAGGCCUGACCGCAAAAGACAUGGUGGCGCUGUCCGGCGCGCACACGAUCGGGCAAGCCCGGUGCGUCAACUUCAGGGACCGGCUCUACAACGAGAACGCCACCCUGGACGCCACGCUGGCCUCGUCGCUGAAGCCGAGGUGCCCGUCGACGGCGAGCAACGGCGACGACAACACCUCGCCGCUCGACCCCUCCACGUCAUACGUCUUCGACAACUUUUAUUACAAGAAUCUGAUGAAGAAGAAGGGCCUGCUGCACUCGGACCAGCAGCUGUUUAAUGGCGGGUCGGCCGACGCGCAGACCACGGGGUACGCGUCGGCGACCGGCAUGGCGGGGUUCUUUGAUGAUUUCCGUGUCGCCAUGGUGAAGAUGGGCGGCAUUGGGGUGGUCACUGGGGCUGGGGGGCAGGUCAGGGUUAACUGCAGGAAGGCCAACUGAAGUAAGUAACUGGCUGUCAGUGUGGUGUCAGGCUUCUCUCAACUCAGGGUCUCUGUGCUGUGAGUCUCUGCGUGUGUGUUGUGUUUGUGAUUUGCGGGUACAAUUUCUUCUUGUGUGAUGGUGUAGAGUCUGCUUCGAACGGUUGUAGACUUGUACUACUAUACGAAGACAAAUUCGAGGAAUAAUGAGUAAGAUUGGAUAAAUUACCUGUUUGAA